AUGAUAAAUGAGGAAGUUGGGGCACCUUCUGCAUCGCUGAAGCGAGGUAAAACUGCUCCUAAAAAGGAGAUGCCCCUCUCCUGUCAGAGAUGUCGGUUGAGAAAAGUCAAAUGCAACUUUGCUCAUCCCUGCUCAAGUUGUGUCAAAUUAGGAGUUGAAUGCAUUCAGGUGCCCAAUGAUAUGAGGAAGAAGCGUCCUCCGGCAAACUACAUACUGUCGAUGGAGAAAAAGAUAGAUGCUCUUUCGAAGUUUUUCACGUCCAUGCAAAGAGUACCUGCGGAAGACAGAAAUAAAUUCUUUGAGGCGAAUGCCACUAACAUAGCUUCGUACUUAAACGAGGAUAAUACUCAAGCAAAGGCCAGUUCUGCUGAUGGCAAAGUCCCAUCUUCAGGAAAAAAGAGAAAAACUGAAGAUGUUCGGAGUACUCCUUCUCCAACACCUAUUACGAAGAUCAGACCCGUUUACGGCCCAACCAGUGUUUAUGAUAAUUACACUGAUCAUCACCGUCCGAAAACGCAAUCGCUAAGAAAAGAGCUGAGAGAAAUGACUGUCUUACAAAACCUAAGCAAGGAUCCCGACGUUCUCCAUUGCCUCAAACUUUUUUUUACAUGGCAGUACCCGGAUCAUAAUAUGUUUGUCUUUCGAGAGGCAUUUUUCAUAGAUUUUUUUAACCCGAAACCCAACUCUCUUUACUGCCUGCUGGUUCUUGUCUAUAGCAUUUGUGCAUUGGGCUCAAGGAUGUCCGAUGUUGAUACCAUAUACUCCAGGUCCAUUUCAUAUUAUAAUGAGGCUAGAAGUUUCUUGCUUUCAAAUUUGGAGCAUCCUUCCAUUACAUCCGUACAGAGUUUUCUUCUUCUUGCUUUUUAUGAUAUAUGCAAUGGAAACAACUCUACUGGUUGGAUGCUACUGGGAGACGCAAUGCGAAUGGGGUUUGAUUUAGGAUUCCAACUUAAUCCUGAAGUUUGGUUCUUAAAGAGACAUGGCACAGAUUUCAAGCCUUUGGAUAUGGCCAUUCGCAGCAGAAUCUACUGGGGCUGUUACAUGGCAGAUCAUUUUAUAAGUUUGAUUUUAGGGAGACCCUCGCUUUUAAAGCUGCUGGAUGCAUCUAUACCAGAAACACUGGACUUGCCUGAGUUAGAAUGGAUUGACGAUUAUAAGUAUAUUCCAGAGAAUGUAACCAACAUCUCCGAUCCAUUGAAAAACAUCAUUAAUCUCAUCAGCAUCUCGGACAAGAUGCUUAAUGAUAUUUUCACUCGUUCAGAUCAUGAGUCUGUGUCUCAUAAGGAGCUGGAGCAAAACGAGGACCUAAACUUGGUUUCCAGACUCAAUAAAUUGUUUUCAUACAACGAACAAAUAAUGCAAUGGAAAGCUAAUCUACCUCAGGACUUAAAUUGGGAUCAGGAGAGUUUGAAGAACACAUCAGACAACCCAACCAUUUCUGUUGUUAGGUAUUACUAUUACAUCGUCAUUCUUUGUUUGAAUCGUCCCUUCGUUGGAAUUGUUAGAGAUUUCAAAGAUAAAGAACAUUUAUCACCUUCAGUGUUUUGUCAUAAUGCUAUUGAGGACCUCUACGUUGCCAUCCAGAGAUUUGAACUGGCUCAUGGGCUACGCCGAGCUUCGAUAUUUAUUGUCUAUUGCAGUAUUUUAUCCAUUUCUGUUAUUCUCCUAACUGCUACGACUGAACAGUUGCAAGACGAUAAGAAGACGAAGUUGAAGUAUUUUCUUCGUGUCUUAGCAGGGUGUUCAAAAACCUAG